CAACCCCCCCCACCCCCCCACCACCACCACCACCCAAAUAUCUUCUCUCGGCAAAAAAACAAACAAAAAAACCUGCUCCCACAACGUGACGCUGAGCAACAUCCUUUUUGAAGAAGGACGACUUGCGGAGUUGUGGCCGCCAGUUUUGCCAUCGCAGGUGUCGCCUCCGUCCGAGACUCGGCGGCAUGUUGGAUCCGUCUUCCAGCGAGGAGGAAGGGGACGAGAUCCCGGAGGUGCAGCGCAAAGAGGUGGCGGCCCCCAAGCACCUCAGAGGAGCGCGGUCUUCGCCCAGCCGUGACGCCGACGGUCGCGGCGGCGCGGGCGGGCUCCAGCCCCGGGGCCGAGCCGCGAGCCCCAGCCCGUCGGUGGGAAGCGACAAGGAGAAGGAGGAUCUCGAGAAGAUGCAGAGGGAGGAAGAGGAGAGGAAAAAGAGACUCCAGCUCUACGUGUUUGUGAUGCGCUGCGUCGCGUAUCCGUUCAACGCCAAACAACCCACGGACAUGGCCAGAAGGCAGCAGAAGAUCAGUAAGCAGCAGCUGCAGACAGUCAAAGAGCGUUUUGAGGCAUUCCUCAAUGGCGAAACACAGAUUGUAGCCGAUGAGGCCUUCAUCAAUGCUGUCCAGAGCUACUAUGAGGUGUUCCUGAAAAGUGACCGAGUGUCUCGAAUGGUCCAGAGUGGUGGUUGCUCAGCCAGUGACUCUCGAGAAGUUUUUAAAAAGCACAUUGAGAAGCGUGUGCGCAGUUUACCAGAAAUUGAUGGGUUGAGUAAAGAGACCGUGCUCAGCUCUUGGAUCGCUAAGUUUGACACGAUCUACCGUGGUGAGGAGGACCCAAGGAAACACCAACAGAGAAUGACUGCCAGCGCUGCCUCCGAACUGAUCCUCAGCAAAGACCAACUAUAUGAGAUGUUUCAACAGAUUUUAGGUAUCAAGAAGUUUGAGCACCAGCUCCUAUAUAAUGCCUGCCAGCUGGACAAUCCAGAUGAGCAGGCAGCCCAGAUCAGAAGAGAGUUGGAUGGACGUUUACAAAUGGCAGACCAGAUCACCCGUCUCGGCGGAAGAUUCCCUCACUUUGCCUCAAGGGAGAUGGAGGCCAUGUUCAUUGAAGAGCUGCGGUCAUCAGUCAACUUGCUGAUGGCCAACCUGGAGAGCAUGCCAGUGUCUAAAGGUGGAGAAUUUAAGUUGCAGAAACUGAAACGAGGUCACAACACAUCUAUCAUGGACAUGGGACAGGAGGAUGAGAACACCCUUUCUAAAUCAGACGUGGUGCUAUCGUUUACCUUGGAGGUGGUCAUUAUGGAGGUGCAAGGUCUUAAGUCUUUGGCUCCAAACAGAAUCGUGUACUGCACCAUGGAGGUGGAGGGAGGGCACAAACUGCAGACAGACCAGGCUGAAGCUUCUAAACCCACUUGGGGAACCCAGGGGGAUUUCACAACAACACAGCCCUUACCUGCUGUUAAAGUGAAGCUCUUCACCGAAAGCACCGGAGUGUUGGCCCUGGAGGAUAAGGAGCUUGGAAGGGUUGUGCUCCAUCCAACUCCUAACAGUCCCAAGCAGUCGGAGCUGCACAAGAUGUCAGUUUCUAAAGGCUGCCCAGAUAUUGACCUGAAGAUCAAAUUGGCCAUUCGCAUGGAUAAACCCCAGAACAUGAAGCAUUGUGGGUACUUGUGGGCCAUUGGCAAAAAUGUAUGGAAAAGAUGGAAGAAACGAUUCUUUGUUCUAGUUCAGGUGAGUCAGUACACAUUCGCGAUGUGCAGCUACAGAGAAAAGAAGGCAGAACCAGUAGAGCUGCUCCAACUGGAUGGCUACACUGUGGACUACACUGACCCUCAGCCAGGCCUGGAUGGUGGUCGGACUUUCUUUAAUGCUGUGAAAGAGGGCGACACUGUAAUCUUUGCCAGUGACGAUGAGCAGGACCGGAUUCUAUGGGUACAGGCAAUGUACCGGGCCACCGGGCAGUCUCACAAGCCAAUUCCCCCCACCCAAGUCCAGAAACUAAACUCUCGAGGGGGUACAACGCCACAGCUUGACGCACCAAUAUCUCAGUUCUAUGCGGAUCGAGCCCAGAAGCAUGGCAUGGAUGAGUUUAUUUCGGCCAAUCCAUGUAACUUUGACCAUGCCUCACUCUUUGAACUGGUCCAGCGUCUCACUUUAGAUCACAGACUCAAUGACUCUUACUCCUGUCUGGGCUGGUUCAGUCCUGGUCAGGUUUUUGUCUUGGACGAGUACUGCGCUCGCUACGGAGUUCGAGGCUGUCAUCGCCACUUGUGUUACCUGGGUGACCUAUUGGAGAGGGCGGAGAAUGGAGCCAUGAUUGACCCAACGCUUCUACAUUACAGCUUUGCCUUCUGUGCUUCCCACGUCCAUGGAAAUAGUCAGCGUGUGUUAGAACUGUUAAACUGGCCAGUGUCAGAGGCCGAACUACAGCAAGCGCUUUUCCCCUCUUCCCCUGAGCCCUCUCCCCAAAGCAUUAGGAAAGAACUCAAAAUUAUUGAGUUCAUGAAGAAAAAGGAUCUCAGGUCCCCACUUUUCCCAGGACCAAAAAGACCGGACGGUAUUGGUACUGUAACUGUGGAGGAAAAGGAACGUUUUGAGGAGAUCAAAGAAAGGCUUCGCGUGCUAUUGGAAAACCAGAUUACACAUUUCCGGUACUGCUUUCCAUUUGGACGACCAGAGGGUGCACUGAAAGCAACUCUAUCUUUGCUUGAAAGGGUUUUGAUGAAAGAUGUUGUGACCCCGGUUCCACAAGAAGAAGUCAAAGCUGUGAUCCGUAGGUGUCUGGAGCAAGCAGCUCUGAUCAAUUACCAGCGCCUGUCAGAGUACGCUAAACUGGAAGAAAAUGUUGGCCGGUUGGUCACUCCUGCAAAAAAACUUGAGGACACCAUUCGCUUGGCUGAGCUUGUAAUCGAGGUACUGCAGCAGAAUGAGGAGCACCAUGCUGAGGCCUUUGCAUGGUGGUCAGACCUGAUGGUGGAGCAUGCCGAGACCUUCCUGUGUCUCUACUCGACUGACAUGGAUGCUGCUCUUGAGGUUCAACCGCCUGACAGCUGGGACAGUUUCCCCCUCUUUCAACUACUUAACGACUUCCUGAAGAUGGACUAUAACCUUUGCAAUGGAAAGUUCCACAAACACCUGCAAGACCUGUAUGCCCCCCUGGUGGUGCGUUACGUGGACCUGAUGGAGUCCUCGAUUGCUCAGUCCAUUCACAGAGGCUUUGAAAGGGAAUCUUGGGAACCUGUCAAGAGUAUAGCUAGCACUCUGCCAAAUGUCAAUCUUCAAAAACCAAAAGUACCAAAUAUAACAGUGCCAAGUGUUAAUCUUGCACAAAUGCCCAGCUUUUCUCCCCCCAACUGGAUGACUUCAAAUGAUGACUCAGACAAUGGCUCAGGGACGUCAGAGGAUCUCUUUUGGAAAUUGGAUGCUCUGCAGACCUUCAUCCGAGAUCUCCACUGGCCAGAGGAAGAGUUUGGAAAACACCUGGAAACCAGACUGAAACUCAUGUCCAGUGAUAUGAUUGAAUCCUGUAUAAAAAGAACGCGCGCAGCAUUUGAAGCCAAGCUUCAGAGGAGCAGCCGGACUACAGACUUCAGAGUGCCGCAGUCUAUCUGCACCAUGUUUAACGUCAUGGUGGAUGCCAAGGCCCAAUCUGCCAAGCUGUGUGCCAUGGACCUGGAUCAAGAGUUUGUUCGAGACUGGAGACAAUACCAUUCUCAAAUUGACAAUCUCAUUGAGGAAAUGGUGAAGGAGAUGAUAACCCUGCUGGUAGCAAAGUUUGUGGUUAUUCUGGAGAGUGUCUUAGCAAAACUCUCCAGAUACGAUGAGGGAACGCUCUUUUCUUCUUUCCUUUCUUUCACAGUGAAAGCUGCCUCAAAAUAUGUGGACGUACCUAAGCCAGGAAUGGAUGUGGCUGACGGUUAUGUGACCUUUGUUCGACACUCCCAGGACAUGCUGCGGGAGAAAGUUAAUGAGGAAGUGUACAUUGAAAGAUUGUUUGAUCAAUGGUACACCAGCACAAUGAAUCUCAUUGGAACAUGGCUUACGGACCGCAUGGACCUGCAACUACAUAUCUAUCAGUUGAAAAUUCUCAUCAGAAUUGUCAAGAAAAAGUACCGUGACUUCCGCCUACAAGGGGUUCUGGACUCCACGUUAAACAGUAAGACGUACGAAACUGUUCGAAAUCGUCUGACCUUAGAAGAAGCCACUGCAUCAGUGAGGGAGGGAGGGAUGCAAGGCAUUUCGAUGAAGGACAGUGAUGAAGAGAGCAGCGAUAACUAAAUGAAGACGACAACAACGUCAAAGCGGAUCAGCAAUAUGCUGCCUAAGAACACACACAGCCUUCCUGAGGUCAAAACACAUUGGCCCAACGAUUGACAUCACUUGCUUUGUGAGGUUUUUGUUCUCUGUUCCUGUAAGUUUAUUGUUUUUUCAGAAAUAAUACAAAGGAAAAUGCAUCUUGUGCUUGAAACACUUGAAAGAUGUGCUUAUUCAAGUCCUUGAGUAGGCUUAAGAUUUAAUUCACAACAACAAAAUAUGAAUCACCAAACAGUUGUAAAGGAAAAAAAUAGUAGCAAAACUUAAAUGGUUACUGUAAACAGCAAAAGGUAAUUCAACACAAGCUGACCGGACAAGACUACAUAUGUUAUGUUCAGGAGUAUUAAAGUAUUGUGUCAGUGUCGAAUAUCAAAUCUAUUAUUGAAUUGUCACCUAUUAAUAUUGAAAUUGCUUCAGUGAAAAUAGCACUGGUAAAAAUGGGUACUACUGGUAAUAAUUUGACAUCAAGUCUGCAGGAAAAAUUGUUUUGAAUUUAUUUAGUUUAUUUCUUGUUUUGUGUCUCUAAACUUCCAAAUGUUUUCAUGCAAUAUGUUAUGACACUAGAUGAGUCUGAAUUAACAGCACCUCUGCUACUAGUUGCAGCUGAGUAGUUUACUACAUUUUGCCUUAAUUGCCUGAAUACCCAAUAAAUCAAGGCCACAAAAUCAACUGAUUUCUUGAUAAACAAUCACUUACUCUUCCCAUCCUAAAGCCCAGAAACAUACAUUCAGGGAAAUCAUUUCUGCCGGACUAUCACAAAAUAGCACCAUAAAGACCAUCUUUAUUUUGUUUUGAUAAUUUUUAUUUUAUUUAGUAUUAUUAGUACUAUCAACGUGACACAUGGUAAAAUACAGAUAGGCAACAAUUUAACUGCUAUGGUGGUAUAUGGGUCGUUUUCAUAUAAUUUGAUCAAUAACUAUAAAGACACUUGUAAAAAAUAAAUAAAUAUCACUCUAAUUUAGCAAUUUUUUUGUGCUGCCUGGUUUUAUAUGAGUAAAUGUCUCCCAUGCUGAAACAGCCAUGCUAAAAAGUCCUAUUUUCAAAACAUUAUUGAUGAUUUAAAUUUUACGCAUUCAUAGUAAAGGCCUUCCUUAUUGACAGAGUAAAUGGUGGUGGCCCAUUGAAAUACACUUUUUUUCUUAUAACGGAAAAUAUACACAGCUUCAUGAAAAAUGGGUUGCCCUUCAAGCACUGUGUCUUUACCGUUAUUGAUCAAAUUUUAUGAAAAUUACCCAUACAUUCAGUGAAAUCAUAGGAGGAUGUUUUAUUUUAUUUUUUAUUUUCUUCUGGCUGACUAUCACAAAAGAACACUAUAAAGACAUUCUUAGAUUACUAGUCUCUAAAUUGCCCAUAGGUUUGAAUGUGAGUGCGAAUGGUUGUUUGUUUAUGGCGACCAGUUCAGGGUGUACCCCGCUCUUCGCCUCUCGCCCGAAGAUAGCUGGGAUAGGCUUCAGCACGCCCGCGACCCGAGUGAGGAUAAGCGGCACAGAAAAUGGAUGGAUGGAUGGACAGAUUACUAGUACUAACUAAGUGACACAUGGUAAAAUACAGAUGAACAACAAUUUAAGUGUGUUGGUAACCAUUUUGGUAAUAGCAGGCAAAAACAAAAUUUUUCAUGGGGAAAACAAUUCGACUCAAAUGAAUACACUGUGGCAGGGGUGAGUGAAAUAAACAUUAUUUACCGUAUUUUAAUUCAAACUAUUGUCAGUUUCUAGUAAUUGCCACAAGAUGUUUGAUUAGAAAUGUUUUUGCAUUCACAUUUUUAAAUUCAGAUAUCAGGUUCUUCUUAGUGCUGAAAUCAACACAGACUACCUACUUUUGGACUCAUGCAUUGCUAAAACCACUGCCAAUACCCCUGUUAUAUAACAAAUAAGUUAGUGAGUCAAUACCCGAAUUAGCUUUUACUUACAUCUUUGCUUUAAUGAUACAGACCUGUAUUCAUUUUUACCAUGUUUAAUUUCAAACCUUUUUUUGUAGUCUAAUGCCCUUUUGUGCAACAUUUUUAUGCACCCUUCUUUUCCAGAAUGACAGGAUGACUGGAGGGGGAAGUUAUUUAAAUGGAUAAUGGAAAGUGGUGUCUUUUGGUAUUUUAACUUCUGUGAGUGUUACUUUCCUGUAAAAGUGCUGCAUGUAAUCGGUAUUCACUUUUCCAAAUGUUCUUGCUCCAUUAUGUGUUACAGAUUUGCGUUUGUCCUGCUUCUGACACCAGGCAGAAUGCAUCGAUAUAAAGAGCAUUUGAAUA